UUCCCUGGCGGGACUAUGUCCGUGCAGGGCCCCCAGAGGAGGCUGCUGGGCUCCCUCAACUCCACCUCCCCAGCCGCCCCGCGCCUCGGGCUGGCCGCCAAUCAGACAGGGCCCCGGUGCCUGGUGGUGUCCGUUCCCGACGGACUCUUUCUCAGCCUGGGGCUGGUGAGCGUGGUGGAGAACGUGCUGGUGGUGGCCGCCAUUGCCAAGAACCGCAACCUGCACUCGCCCAUGUAUUACUUCAUCUGUUGCCUGGCCGUGUCCGACCUGCUGGUGAGCGUGAGCAGUGUGCUGGAGACGGCCGUCAUGCUGCUGCUGGAGGCGGGCACCCUGGCCGGCCGGGCCGCCGUGGUGCAGCAGCUGGACGACAUCAUCGACGUGCUGGUCUGUGGCGCCAUGGUGUCGAGCCUCUGCUUCCUGGGCGCCAUCGCCGUGGACCGCUACAUUUCCAUCUUCUACGCGCUGCGGUACCACAGCAUCGUCACGCUGCCCCGGGCGUGGCGGGCCAUCUCAGCUAUCUGGGUGGCCAGCGUCCUCUCCAGCACGCUCUUCAUCGCCUACUAUGAUCACACGGCCGUCCUGCUCUGUCUCGUCAGCUUCUUUGUAGCCAUGUUGGUGCUCAUGGCCGUGCUGUACGUCCACAUGCUCGCCCGGGCGUGCCAGCACGCCCGGGGCAUCGCCCGGCUCCAUAAGCGGCAGCGCCCCGUCCACCAGGGCUUGGGCCUCAAGGGCGCGGCCACGCUCACCAUCCUGCUGGGCAUUUUCUUUCUCUGCUGGGGCCCCUUCUUCCUGCACCUCUCGCUCAUGGUCCUCUGCCCUCGACACCCCAUCUGUGGCUGCGUCUUCAAGAACUUCAACCUCUUCCUCACCCUCAUCAUCUGCAACUCCAUCGUCGACCCCCUCAUCUACGCCUUCCGCAGCCAGGAGCUCCGGAAGACGCUCCAAGAGGUGCUGCUGUGCUCAUGCGCUCCACCUCCAGCCCGGCACCAGGCGAGGACACCCACCUUUGCUGCCAAGCCUAUGGAUCUGCGCCCCGUGGCCUGUCGGGAUGUGAAGUCUCUGUGUGGGCCGAAUGACAAGCGCCGCUCCCCGGGAGGGCCUCUGGAAAAGGGACUUUGUGACCAGCAGGACCUGGCUUCACAGGCCUGCUUCAGGAAGAAACCCCGGCGGCGGCGGGAGGAGGCGCCGCAGCGCGCGGCCGAGUGGGGAUGCGCGGUGCUGAUGGUGCAGGCCGGUGCCGCAUUCUGCGGCGGCGCCCUCCGAUUGGCCGCGCCCGAGCUGGCGGCGGGGACGCCCGAGCCUCCGCAGCCAGCCCCGGCCUGUACGCGCGUGUCCCGCAGCCGCCCGCCGCCCGCACCGAGCAUGAGGGAGAUCGUGCACAUCCAGGCCGGCCAGUGCGGCAACCAGAUCGGGGCCAAGUUCUGGGAGGUGAUCAGCGACGAGCACGGUAUAGACCCCAGUGGCAACUAUGUGGGGGACUCGGACCUUCAGCUGGAGCGCAUCAGCGUCUACUACAACGAGGCCUCUUCUCAUAAGUAUGUGCCUCGGGCCAUUCUCGUGGACCUUGAGCCUGGGACCAUGGACAGUGUCCGGUCUGGGGCCUUUGGGCAUCUCUUCAGGCCUGACAACUUCAUCUUCGGUCAGAGCGGGGCUGGCAACAACUGGGCCAAGGGUCACUACACGGAGGGCGCCGAGCUGGUGGACUCGGUCCUGGACGUGGUGCGGAAGGAAUGUGAGAAUUGCGACUGCCUGCAGGGCUUCCAGCUGACCCACUCGCUGGGCGGGGGCACGGGCUCGGGCAUGGGCACCCUCCUCAUCAGCAAGGUGCGCGAGGAGUACCCGGACCGCAUCAUGAACACCUUCAGCGUGGUGCCCUCGCCCAAGGUGUCGGACACGGUGGUGGAGCCCUACAACGCCACGCUGUCCAUCCACCAGCUGGUGGAGAACACUGACGAGACCUACUGCAUCGACAACGAGGCCCUGUACGACAUCUGCUUCCGCACCCUCAAACUGGCCACGCCCACCUACGGCGACCUCAACCACCUGGUGUCGGCCACCAUGAGCGGCGUCACCACGUCCCUGCGCUUCCCGGGCCAGCUGAACGCCGACCUGCGCAAGCUGGCCGUGAACAUGGUGCCCUUCCCGCGCCUGCACUUCUUCAUGCCCGGCUUCGCCCCGCUCACCGCCAGGGGCAGCCAGCAGUACCGCGCGCUCACGGUGCCCGAGCUCACGCAGCAGAUGUUCGACGCCAAGAACAUGAUGGCCGCGUGCGACCCGCGCCACGGCCGCUACCUGACGGUGGCCACCGUGUUCCGUGGCCGCAUGUCCAUGAAGGAGGUGGACGAGCAGAUGCUGGCCAUCCAGAGCAAGAACAGCAGCUACUUCGUCGAGUGGAUCCCCAACAACGUCAAGGUGGCCGUGUGCGACAUCCCGCCCCGGGGCCUCAAGAUGUCCUCCACCUUCAUCGGCAACAGCACGGCCAUCCAGGAGCUGUUCAAGCGCAUCUCCGAGCAGUUCACGGCCAUGUUCCGGCGCAAGGCCUUCCUGCACUGGUACACGGGCGAGGGCAUGGACGAGAUGGAGUUCACCGAGGCCGAGAGCAACAUGAACGACCUGGUGUCCGAGUACCAGCAGUACCAGGACGCCACGGCCGAGGAGGAGGGCGAGAUGUACGAAGACGAUGAGGAGGAGUCCGAGGCUCAGGGCCCCAAGUGAAGCGGCUGGAGGGGCGAGCCGGGCUGCGGCCAGGGCCACGAGGCCUGUCCCCUGGCGCCACGUCGCUACUGACACCAUCCCCAGGCUUGCCCCCACCAGCUCUGCUCACAGCACCCUAGGGCUCCCGAGAGCUUGUCCUCCAGUAUUUACGGCAUCCCCACCCCACGUGAGUCCUGUCGUCCCGCCAUAGGUCACCUCCAUUUUUGUGUCUGCUUUAUCGUCAGCUGCAGGCCUGAUGUUUUAUGGCUUAUUUUGUUUCUUUUGUUUUUGUUUUUUUGGUUUUUUACUGGUUUGUGUUUAUAUUUUUGGGGGAGGGGAUACUUAAUAAAUUUAUUGCUGUCAGAUA